GCGGCGUGUCGUUGCGUGGUGACGUAGCACGGUCACUGCGGGUCCCGAUUGCUGCAGCCGCUUGUCAGAGUGACGAAGAUUGGCACCCAGUGUACGUGGUGUUCAACCUGAUGAUGCUUCAGUGUUCAUAGUAUCUUCACCAUGAUGGCAACACAGUCGGUAUCCAUAGACAAUUACCAGGAAGGGCAACCGAUGCAAGUCGUAACACAGGCCGAUGCUGAAGCCAGUCCUGGUGGUGGCAGCCCAGCCCCUGCAGAACCACAGACACCAAUGGAUGCUGAUAAAGAAGCAAUAUACAGGCAUCCUCUCUUUCCAUUGUUGGCAUUACUUUUUGAGAAAUGUGAGCAGUCAACCCAGGGCUCAGAGUGUAUUACUUCUGCCAGUUUUGAUGUGGACAUUGAAAACUUUGUCAGGAUACAGGAAAAAGAAGGAAAGGCCUUUUUCAGUGAAGAUCCAGAUCUAGAUAAUUUGAUGGUGAAAGCUAUUCAGGUCCUGCGCAUACACCUCCUAGAGUUGGAAAAAGUGAAUGACCUCUGUAAAGACUUCUGUAGUCGCUACAUUGCCUGUCUGAAGACGAAAAUGAAUAGUGAAACCUUGCUAAGUGGAGAUCCAGGCAGUCCUUAUUCGCCUGUACAGUCACAGAAUUCUGGCACUUUUACUGGCACUCUUAGUCCCCAGGGAAUUGUGGUUCCUGCUUCAGCACUGCAGCAAGGAAAUGUAACCUUUGCAACAGUUAACCCAACACAAGUUGUUGCAGGUGGCACAGUGUAUCACCCUGUGACUGUCGUUACACCACAAGGCCAGGUAGUAACACAGGCUUUGUCACCAGGGACAGUGCGCAUCCAGAAUACACAGCUCCAGCUCCAGUUAAAUCAGGAUCUGAGUAUCAUACAUCAUGAAGAUAUGUCCUCCAAAAACAAACGAGGAGUGCUGCCCAAGCAAGCCACCAAUGUAAUGAGAUCCUGGCUGUUCCAGCACAUUGGACACCCUUAUCCAACAGAAGAUGAGAAGAAGCAGAUUGCUACCCAGACUAAUUUGACACUACUUCAAGUUAAUAACUGGUUCAUCAAUGCCAGGAGGAGAAUCCUCCAGCCCAUGCUGGAUGCGAGUUGUUCUGAAACUCCAAAGACAAAGAAGAAAACUGCACAAAAUAGGCCCCUUCAGAGGUUCUGGCCCGAUUCUAUUGCAUCUGGUGUCAACCAACAACAUUCCUCAGAAAUCACAAUGUCUGAAGGAACUAUGGUGGCUGUCGGUGUGAAUGUGGACAGUCUCCAGUCUCUCUCUUCAGAUGGUGCCACAUUAGCAGUGCAGCAGGUCAUGAUGGGCGGGCAGAGUGAAGAUGAUUCUGUGGAGAGUGGAGAGGAUGACAGUGGUGACCUUUCAACAACAAACAUAAGUGGGCUUGGAUUGGAAACAAGUGAUUCCCUGCAGUAGACCCAACAGAGUAACAAGGAAAGAGUCUGAAAAUAUAUUGUGAAUAAAAAUAGGACUUACAGUCUUUGUUUUUUUAGUUUGCACAGCAAACAUUUACACCGGGCGUUUUAUUUCUAAAAUGUUUUAUACUUAGUUAUAGAGGGGUGCACUUUUUGUAUUUCUAAUACUAAACAAACAAAAGUGUUAUAAUAAGGAGUGCUUAAAUAUAAAGCUUUGGAAGAUGGACAAUACUGAUUUCAGUAGGGAUGCAAACACUUAACUGUAGUUAUUUCAUACAUUUAGCAUGCCUGUAUAUCACUAGCUGUGCUUACAAAGCAAAUAAACACAGGGCCAUAGUUGUCCACAAGAUUUAAAACAAAUAUUAAAAAUAAGGUAUUUUUUAUAAAUGAAAUGCGCGGAAAAUAAUGGGUUUGUUUCUUUUUUUAGGAAUAUUUAUAUAUUAAGACAAAAAAAUUCUAAAAGAAAGCCAUCCUUUUCGGGUUGAAGUGGAUGUUUUUUAAAUAAAUAAAAAAAUAUAAUAGCUAAUUAAAUCAGUUUAAAUAAGCCUUAAACUAACUUGAAAAGAAGCACAUAGUCUAUAAAGCCAGUUUAUAAAACUGAAUAUUUAGUGUUAAAAUUAAUUUUAAAUAACAAAACCAUGUGGAUUCAGUACAGGUUUCUGCAUUUCAAUGUGUUAUUGGCUUUACAAGAUACAGGAAUACUUAAAUCGAUUUGUAUUUUUUCUCAGUAAUUAAAUAUUUGCAUUUUUAGUGUAGGUUUCAUGCUCUGUAAUGUAUUUUCCUAUAACUUGUCCAGUAAAAUUGCCAAAUUUAGUUUUUUGUUAAAUAAAAAAUGCAUUUACACACAA